GGCGUUUGACAUGACAAUUGACAAGAAUCCAACAUUCUCAUGCCACAACAUGUUAAAAGUUUUUAAUUAAUUUUAAGUCUGUGAAUAUUGAUGUUUUAGAUUUAAUUAUAAGAUUGACUUUUAAAGUUUCUAGUGAGUACUGCUACAUUAUUUUUGGCUAUUUCGCAAGGUAACUGUAUACUUAAUGGCUCCUAAAAAGGUAGAAGAACCGGAAAAGAAGCCACUCAUUGGACGAGUGGGCACAAAUUUAAAAGUUGGUAUAGUUGGUGUACCAAAUGUUGGAAAGUCUACAUUCUUCAAUGUACUUACCAAAAGUCAAGCAGCCGCAGAAAACUUUCCUUUCUGCACAAUUGAUCCUAAUGAAAGUAGGGUACCGGUACCCGACGAGAGGUUCGACUAUUUAUGUGAAUAUCAUAAACCAGUCAGCAAGGUUCCGGCGUUCCUGAACGUGGUAGACAUCGCGGGGCUGGUGCGAGGUGCAGCGGAAGGACAGGGCCUUGGCAACGCCUUCUUGUCGCACAUCAAAGCUUGUGACGCGAUUUUUAAUCUUUGUCGUGCAUUUGACGACGAGGACGUGAUCCACGUGGACGGCGAGGUGAACCCGGUGCGGGACUUGGAGACGAUCGGCGAAGAGUUGCGGCUGAAGGACGAGGAGCAGCUCAUGCAGAACAUCGAGAAGCUCGAGCGCGUCGUCAACCGCGGCGGAGACAAGAAGCUCAAGCCUGAAUAUGACGCGCUUAUGAAGAUCAAAUCAAUUUUAGUCGACGAGAAAAAACACAUUCGCUUUGGUGACUGGAGCGCUGCCGAUAUAGAGGUACUUAACCGAUAUCUGUUCCUGACGUCGAAGCCAGCUCUUUACCUCGUCAACCUUUCCGAAAAGGACUACAUCCGCAAAAAGAAUAAAUGGUUACCAAAGCUGAAGGAAUGGAUUGACAAGAACGAUCCCGGAGCGCCUCUCAUCCCGUUCUCGGGCGCGCUGGAGACCAAGCUCAUGGACAUGGAGCCGAAUGACAGGCAGGCCUUCUUGAAGGAACAGAAUAUUACCAGUGCACUGGAUAAGAUCAUAGUGCAGGGAUACAAGGCUCUGCAGUUGGAGUACUUCUUCACGGCCGGCGCUGAUGAGGUCAAAGCUUGGACGAUACAGAAAGGAACGAAAGCGCCGCAAGCCGCCGGCAGAAUUCAUACAGACUUCGAGAAGGGCUUCAUAAUGGCGGAGGUGAUGCACUUCAAAGAUUUCAAGGAAGAAGGCACCGAGGCCGCCUGCAAAGCCGCCGGCAAAUAUAGACAACAAGGUCGUAACUACGUAGUUGAGGACGGUGAUAUAAUAUUCUUCAAGUUCAACGCGGGCGCGGGACUUAAGGAUGCGAAGAAGAAAUGACGCGGCAAAGUGCUGCUGUUGUUGCUGCACGCGCUGUACCUCAACCUCGCGCUAUACAGCAUCGCGCACGUCUAACUGCAGCAUCAUCAUCAGCUAACUGCAUACUGUAUCAUAGUAUGACUGCAACAUGUACCAUAAUAUGACUGCAGCAUGUACCAUAAUAUGACUGCAGUGUGUACCAUAAUAUGACUGCAGUGUGUACCAUAAUAUGACUGCAGUGUGUACCAUAAUAUGACUGCAGCAUGUACCAUAAUAUGACUGCAGUGUGUACCAUAAUAUGACUGCAACAUGUACCAUAAUAUCACUGCAGUGUGUACCAUAGUAUGCAGUUAGUAUCACAGUCACCAUCGCCAGUGUACAGCUUGUUACAUCAACAGUGACUAUAUCACUACGACUAAGAUAUAUAAUAAAUACAGCUUUGUUAAUGUUCACCUUAUUUAUGUAUAAU